AUGAUUUGUGCUAAGUGCGGCAUAAAUUCGAAGGACGAUUCUUCUUUGACCUUUCAUAGAUUUCCUCUGCCAUCCGUACGUGACUCUCUAAAAGCCAAAGUUUGGGCCAAGUUCUGCUUCCCGGAUGAAGAUUGGACAUCUGACCAAUCUCUGCGUAGUUUGUACAAGCAGCAUAAGAUGCUAUGUGCUGACUUCGACGUCUUCGGGGUGCUUUAUCGCCAGCGCGCGCCUUAUCAUUUCCAGGGUAUUGCGGCGACUAUUUAUAGUUCGCAGCAGACAAGA